AUGAGGCUCCGCCCGGAAAUUCGAGAAGCCAAACCGGAUGACAUGCCGCGUCUGAUCGAAAUCUCGGGACGCGCAUUCAGCACAGAUGCGCACACUCAGCUGAAAGCAGCGGCUCAGUCACCUCCAGUCUCAGCUGAAGAGUACAUGGCUCAAGGCAUGACUGAAGCAUUUCAAAUGUGGCUCGAAAACGCGAACGUCAAGAUCCUGGUCGCCACUGUCCUCGGAGAAGGUAAUCCGCGGCAGACCAUAGCAGGCUACAUUGUCUUCUCCCACCGGAACCUCGACAAGCCAUACGAUGGAACGCUCAUCAGUGAACUCAUGGAUGAUCGACCGAACGCCCCAAAGCAAUCCGUCAGGUCUUCCGGCACAGUCGAAGAAUUGGCAAAGACCACAGAUCAAUCGAUGAAAGACUGGCAGGGAUGGUUUCUGUCCAGUGAUAUUCCCUGCAUGUAUAUCAUGAACCACUGCGUAGAUCCAUCGUACCAAGGUCGCGGCAUUGGUCCCGCUCUGCUGAAGGAAGUGACCACCAGAGCAGAUGGAGCAAAAGUCCCAUGCUGGGUCCAGUCAAGUCAUGGUGCAUGGAGAAUAUUCAAGGACUGCGGCUUUGCGGAAUGUGGGAGGCUGCAGCUGAAUCUGGAUGAUUGGUGUCUUGGGUUUCAUGGAGCAACUCUCAAAGAGCCUUGGGGCGAGUAUGUCUGGGGGUAUAUGGAGAGGAUGCCAACGUAA